CGCGCGCGUGCUGUGUGCGCGUGUGUGAGUCUCUGUGCGCGUUGGCCGAGCGCGAGGCAGGGUUUUUGUCUCUCAGAGGGAAGAGCGCUGUGCUUCAGUGGGCUCGCGCACACCGGAGGAGCAACAGUUCGCAGCGGCAGCAGCCCAGCAAGAAGAAAGUGGUUUCAAAGAAGCGGACUGCAGCCUUCUGUCUGCCGGAGCCUGUUCCUUCUGUCACUCAGACGCACUGGGGCAGGGUGAGAAUACGAAGAAUAUCCACGGCGGCCAUAACAUUAAUAGCAGAAGUAGCCUACUAUGGAGGACCAGCUGCUGUGCUGCGAGGUGGACUCCAUCAGGAGAGCCUACCAGGACGUGAACCUGCUCAACGACCGAGUCCUCCACACCAUGCUGAAGGCAGAGGAAAACUACCUGCCGUCGCCAAACUACUUCAAGUGUGUUCAGAAAGAAAUUGUCCCCAAAAUGAGGAAAAUAGUUGCCACCUGGAUGCUAGAGGUCUGCGAGGAACAGAAAUGCGAGGAGGAGGUUUUUCCGCUGGCUAUGAACUAUUUGGACAGAUUUUUAUCGGUGGAGGCCACCAGGAAAACAAGACUACAGCUGUUGGGAGCUACGUGCAUGUUCCUGGCGUCCAAGAUGAAGGAAACGGUGCCCUUAACGGCGGAGAAGCUCUGCAUCUACACGGACAAUUCGGUCCAGCCCGGAGAGCUGCUGCAAAUGGAGCUGCUGGUUCUCAACAAGCUGAAAUGGGACCUGGCUUCUGUCACACCUCACGACUUCAUCGACCACUUCCUGGCCAAGCUGAAGAUCUACCCGUCCACCAAGCAGAUCCUCAGGAAACACGCUCAGACCUUCGUGGCUCUCUGCGCUACAGAUGUCAACUUCAUCGCCAGUCCUCCGUCCAUGGUGGCGGCGGGCAGCGUGGUGGCAGCUGUUCAAGGUCUCUACCUGAAGAGCCAGGAUGCCUCAUUGUCCUCCCAGAACCUCACCAACUUCCUGUCGCAGGUCAUCCGCAGUGACCCGGACUGCUUGCGGUCAUGCCAGGAGCAGAUUGAGUCCCUGCUGGAGUCCAGCCUGCGACAGGCUCAGCAGCACAGCAACACAACAGAAACCAAACACGUGGACGAGGACGUGGACCUGUCCUGCACCCCGACAGAUGUCAGAGACAUCAACAUCUGAAAUGCCUGCCGGCCGCGUCGCGCGGCGACCUGCCGAUUGAGGGAAAGUUGUCGACAGAGGGUGGUGAUGGGCGGGCUGGGGAGGCCAGCCUCCCCUCAUCCUCCUUCUUCCUGGGCUGCUAUCAUGGCCGACAUGUCACUCACAUGCCCGCUGUCCGCUCCGGCUGCCAAGACGGAACAGACCGCCCCCCACCCCCUCCCUCCUCCUGCAAACCCCAAGUCACAUUUCCUGCCAGUGUCCCCUCCCUUCCUGGGAAAAGAAUGAACACUACAGAAAUGUAUAAGAGAGAAAAGACACCGAAUGCUGAUGUCCUGUGUGGGCUGGAGUUGAAGCCACAAAACAGACAUUUAAGUAGAUUGUUUUUCUCAUUUCCUCAAAUAUUAAACUAGGAAUCUUUAAAUGACCGCAGACUUAACUUGCCUACUAAAACAUCCCAAAGUGUCCUGUACAGUAGGCCCUUGUAGUCUGUCUUCAGGUCUUUUUACUUUGUUAGAGGCCUUUUCUGUUUUUAUUUCUUUCUCGUUAUAUCUAAUGUUUUAGACUUCUUGUUUGUCUGGUUGCAGUGCAAACAUUCAUAUAUCCCUGCUUGCUUAUGUUUAGUCACUUUAUCAUAUAUCAUUUUAGACCUUUUUAAACCACGUGUAGUGUGAGACGCUGUUGUCUUCUGGACCCCCGUGACUGUGGACUGCUGAUGUCAUUCUUUGUUCAUUCAUUGACAACUUGACCCAUUUCCACUUGCUGUAAUUUGAUAAGAUCAAAUCGAUGCACAACCAAGUGGAGCCAUCCACAGUCUGCUAUGUAUCUUUCUCUGUGUAGUUAUAUCUAAACCAUUCCAACUUUGUUUUGAAAAAAAAAGAAAAAAGAAAAAAAAAGCACUUUUGGUCAGCGCCGCUGGUCGUCUAAAAAAAGAAAGCGUUUGUAAAACCAGAUGACAUUUGGAGGGGUGGUUGAGCAGGAGUCUCAGUGAUGGAGUCAGAGCAGCACCUGCAGACAAAAGAAUAUUGAGCAGUUCUUUAAAAGGUGCCUUCUUCAGUUGAACAGAUGUUUCAUACAGAUGGAGCUGCUCCUUUGAGAAUACAUGUCUCUGUUUCUGUGUGCAGAAGAUGAAGGUCCAGUUAAAGUAAAACAAAGUACAAUUACAAUAAUACUUUGUCUUUACAUUGCCAAACACAUUAUUUAUUCUUUUCUUAGCUAGCAUUUUCUAGUUUGCAAACAAACUGUGGCUCCACCUACUGUUGAACUAUUGCUGCCUCCAGAACUAGUUGAGACUCGAGCGCUCCUCUGCCUCUAAAUCGGCAGGACCGCCUCGGUUCACCUUCUGCUCGUGGGUUCUGGGGAGGGGAAGAAGUGUUGAGACUAUGAUUUUGCACAAACCUAAAAGAUGUGGGUGACAUUUCUUGGGCACUUGCCUAUAAAAAAAAA